UAUCAGACGAAGAAGAAGACAAGCCUUUUACUCGCGGGAAAAAUGGCGGAAAUGUGUGGUUUCUUCAUCUCAUCAACAUAAGCGAUUUAAAACAUCGUAUCAUAAGCUUUGUUCAGGGCUUGUGUGCAUGCGUGUGUCAGAGCUGCCUCUUUAUAUGUAAGGCUUUGGGUUUAGGAGGAAUGCAAGAUGCAAAAAGAUUCAGUGCCCUUUUCUAGCUCUGGCCACAAGACACACGAUCAAGCUCUCACUGAAGAAUGCCCAGUCAAGUCUUUCCAGUGUAGUGAAUGCACACUCGUCUUCAAAUCCAAGGUAUAUCUUUUUGAACACCUCACCAAGGUGCACAGCUUUGAUGUAGAUAGUGCUCUUAAAGCUGGUGGUUUAAAGAAACAGUCAUUGAAGACGACAGACACUGACAACAGUCCAGGAAUUAUUUUUUUAUGCCAGCACUGUGACUUUAAAGCUGGUAAUUGGGACAUUUUAAACAGUCAUGAGAAACAGUGUCAUAAAAACAUAGAGAGUCCAGACUGGAUAGGAAAUCUCAAUAUUUUGGGAAGCCCAGAGACCAAAAUAAUUAUUUUGACAAACCAGCACAAGGAAGGUGGAGAAACAAAAGAGAUUCCCUCAGCUUUUUCGGGUGUGUCUACUUCAAAAACUAAAUGCACACUUAACUCAUCAAAGGAUUUGGGUUCAUACAAGAGGCCAUCGCAAACAAUCACCAACUACUUUGCAGCAGCAUCUGGCUCAAAUGGGGAAUCUCCAAGGAAAUUAUCGGAUACCCCAAUGCUUCUUGAUAGCACUGAAGGAACCCUAGUUUUGCAAGAAUCUUCUUCAAGCUCCAGCCCAAACCAUAGCAGUGUUCUUAAAGUUGCUGCAAAGUCCACGAUUGAUAUGUCCAAAAAUGUUUCUGACCAAUAUUUGAGAAAUGACCACUUGUUAAUUACUGACCUGAGACCUCCAAAGCCUAAGGAAGAAUUCAAAGAAACUGUUCAUAACAGCACUGGCAAGAGGAUGCACAAUGAAAGCUCAGAAAGUCAUCCUGCUAAAAAAGCAAAGUUAGACAACGAAGAGACACAACUCCCAGAGAAAGCAAACACAAGUGAACAGCAGUCAUCAAACAGACCAGAGGUUUCAUUUGAAGACAUAGAAAGCCCAAAUGUUUAUUUCUGUAAGCAUUGUGACUACAGUGAUGUGGACAUCAGGUGUGUGUCUAACCAUUAUCAGAACAACCAUCCUUACAUAAGAUAUGACAUUGUCUACAUUGAGAAUCCAAGUGAUCAGAGUGCUGCCUUUCGUUGCCUGGAGUGUCCAGUUGAGUUUUUAAGUGUAGCUGACCUCAAGAUACACUAUACAGAACAUCAUCCAGAGGCCCCAAAUGUGUUCACGAUGCAGUCGUGUGAACUCAGUUUGGUUUUCAAAUGUUUUACAUGUCCAUUUACCACCAGUGAAUUGAAGGACUUGAAAGAACAUUACAGGGAAACUCACCCAACACAUAAAGUGGAUAAUCCCUUGUUGUACUAUAAAUACUCGGGGACUAGAUGCCAAGAGGGAUCAUCUAAGUUGAGUACUUCUGAAAAGGAUCCCAGUCCAGAAAGAUCAAAAAGGAUUUCUCCUGCGAGUGACCAUACACCAUGGAAGGAAGUCAAAAGUGCAGCCUCACCCCAACAUCUCGUCUUCAAAAGAGCAGAUGGGGCUUUGUAUCAUUGCAACAACUGUAAUUUUAGUCAUAAGUCAGCUGUUGUUAUGCAUGUUCACUAUCAAAAAAGCCACUCAGAUGAAGCAGUCACAAUGAACAAAAUCAAACCUUCAGACCAUGUCACGUCACAUGCAACAUCAGAGGUGACACCUGAAAAAUCUCCAAAGUCUGUGUCAUUUGGGGAAAACUCCACUUCUCAGAAGGACAUGUCAAAUUCUUCCAACAAAGCAAAAGAUGAUCCUGAGCUGUCGCAGCAAAAGAUUCCUUUGUCUUUGUCACACACACCAGAAGAUUCUACGAUUCAUUCAGACUCUAGCAUAAAUAACAAAGUGGAAUCUGCAGAGGAUAAAAGCAAAAGAAGGAAGUCGCCUACCAAAUGUAAUAGGGAAAUGUCUCCUGGGAACAACAGUUUAUCCUCCCGUUCAGCACAUAAAAUGUUUUACUGCCAGUUUUGCGUGUUUGCAAGUACCAAUGUCAAAAGCGUUCUUAGUCAUCAUAAUGCAAAACAUGCUAUGGAUGGACCAACAUGUAUUGAAGACAUUGUGUGCUAUAGUGGGACGGAGCAAAAGAAGAAACUUCAGCGUGAUACUAAGAUCUCAGAAACUCCGUCUGAUCGUAAAACUCGUAAACAAAUUGAGGUAUGUAGUAAUGAGUUUCAGCAUGAAGAGGGUGAUGUAGCAGGUGCUUCUGUGACAACAAGUAAUGCUUAUGAAUGUGCAGAAAAGUUGUUUUACUGCCAAAAGUGCAACUUUGGAAAUCCAACUAUAAAAGGAGUUUUGAACCACCAACACCAAAUUCAUCAACACAUUAACACAAGCCAUCAAUGUAUUCUUGAUCAUACAGCUUUGAUUCAUGAGGAAAUUAAAAAAUCAAAAUUUCAGACAAAGAAGUUAUCCUUUGCUACUCAUCUACCUCCUCCACUAAUGAAAGAAGGUGAUGAAGACAGGUUUUUCUGCCACUUUUGCAACUAUAGGCACAGCGCCAUGAACCAGGUCCUGAAGCAUUACUCCAAAGUGCAUCGUGGAUUUGGAGUUAAUGCUGAACACAUCCAUUUGUAUACUUCGGAGGUUCUUGAACAGACACAGAAAUUGCGUCUGAACAAAACUAAACUGGAAGAAAUCAAUCAUGCAGCUCCUGGGAAUAAAGGAAAAGAAAAGAAAAAAAAGAAGCUUGUCAAAUGCUUUUCACUCGCUUCUUCACCCUCAGUAAGAGCCUCACAAACGCAGAGGACCCUUCGAUGCCAUAGAUGCACAUAUACUACACAAUAUUUGUAUAUGUUGAGAAGGCAUAUGUGGAAAACCCACAGGUCCAAUCGUUCAGUCCAGGAACUUUUAAGAAUGCUUUUUAUCCGAGGAAAUUUACAGACAGGAUAUCACUGUGAUUGGUGUGUGUUCUCACACAAAAAUGCAGCAACGCUCUAUCAGCACUACCAGGAGCAACACCCAGAACGUAAAAUAAGCCUGGAGUUUGUAAGUAAGCGGUUAUAUGCUGGUCCUGAUACAUCCUCUCUUAAAAGGAAAAAACGUGAAGUAAAUCAGACUGAUGAUAUUAGUCAUGGUGAUUGCCCUGAUGGAAGCUCACUGUCUCAGAGAUCUGCACAAAAUGAAACCAAGACUUACUCGUGCAGAGCAUGUCCAUUUAAAGGUAGCUCAACAUCAAGUCUCAUUCGCCACUACCGUGCUGUUCAUCCUUGGUCUGUGAAAGAAGAUGGCUCGGUCCUGGAUGUCAUCACCAGCAAGAAGUCAAGUGCAAACAACCAAUUGGAAGACCACAGUGAAAUCCCAGGGUUGUUUGACACUUACCAAGUGCCUCUUGAAGAUGACAAGUCAUCUGAUUCAUCUCAUGAAGGAACCGUGUCUCCCACAUUGAAGUGUCAUUACUGCCCAGCAAGGUUUCAUACCCAGCAUGGCCUCAACACUCACUGUGGAAUGAAACAUCAAAUAGCUGUGACUGAAAAUUUAGAUGAAAAGAAAGAACUGCAAAUACCACAAAUACCACAAAUCCCAAGACGUCUGCACAUCUUCAAGUGUCCACAUUGUACCUACGUCAAUACCAAUUACCACGGGGUUCUCACUCACUGCCAGAUGAAGCAUCCUGCCCUCGUAUCCAGGGCAGACAGUCUUCAUGUGGAUGGAACACUUUUACACAAUUUAGAAGACUGUUUGAAACAAAAACAUCCUAACAGUAACAGUUUGAGACUCAGUGGGUACAUGUGUAAAACCUGCUCACAAAUCUUUGUAACGUUGGAGAAGUUGAACAUGCACUGUGAGAAGGAACAUAAUGAGACUGUGACAAAACCUUUGACCAACAAGCUCAAACCGGCUCCUAAAUCAUUUACUGUGGUCAAACUGCAACAGUAUAAAGCCCACAGUGCUCAAGGAGCAGUAUCAAAGGUUUCCUUUUUGCACAAAAAAAAGUAUGCCGUGAUUAGGUGCCAGCACUGCAGUUAUAUUUGCAGUACAAAUAUUGCACUCAGUCGACACAUGCAUGUUCACCACAUGAAUACUUUUGAAACGGGUGUAAAGGAAGGUGCAUACAAGUGUGCCCUGUGUUCAAGUUCCUAUUUUAGGAAAAAGCGUCUUGGAGACCAUUAUACUAGCAAACAUGGACAGCAAGCCUUCUUAGAAUACUACGUACAAGUAUACAAAAAAAUCCCACAGAAGUCGAUGUCAACAUCUCCUGACCAUCCUUCAACUUGGCAAACAAAAGAUACUUCUGAGGCACGCAAGUCUAUCACAGCAACAGGCGAAAAUAAAAUAGUGGUCUACAUGUGUCCACGCUGUCCUUACAUAAAUGCUAGUCACCAUGGAACUCUCACGCACUGCCAAAUGAAGCAUCCAGACCUCGUAGCCAGGGCAGAUGAACUUCAAACAGAGGAAAUACUUGUAAGGAACAUGAUUGGAUGUACGAUGGGAAAAGGUUCUAAUGAAAGAGGGUACAUGUGCAAAAAUUGUCCACAAAUUUAUGCGUCGUUGAAAAAGCUGAAAAUUCACAGUGUGAGGAGCCACAAUCAAGCGGAUCCAGCAGCUUCUGAGCAUUCAGAUGAGAGAAAAACUAAGAAACUAUCUGAUCAUGGCUCUCGGGCCUCAGUAGUGGGUACUGCUUCUUCAAAAUACAAAACGGUAGCAGUAAGCGCCACAAACGUUGGCCAAAGUCAAGAGGUGGGCACUCCUAAGACAUGUCAAUCAAAAGCACUGUCAGUACAAAAAAGGGAAAAGCUGUACAAGUGCAACUUGUGUACUUAUAAAGCCAAUUUUCGAAGAUACCUGUAUGUUCACUACAGAAACACUCACAAAUUGGAUGCACUUACUACAUACAAGCUGCUGGAGAAGUAUAACAAAUGUAACCACAAGCUACCUAAUGCUGACUCUAAGGAAAGCAUAAAAGUCAAAUGUAAAAAGUGUCCAAACUUGAUGUUUAACUCAUCCCGGCUGCUUAUUGCUCACUAUAGUACUUUUCAUUGCCCAGCGUGGAAGUUGGAUUUUACUGUGUUAUCAGAAAGGUCACACAGGAGCACAGGGAUUUACAAAUGCACCCACUGCAAGAAGCGGAUAAAUGGAAUUAGAAAUUUGAGUUGUCACCUGGAUCGCCAUAGAGCAUGGAGGAAAAAGAAGGCAGCGGCUGCAAAGACAGAAGUAUCGUUGGUCAUUACGACAGCACCAGAGGCCAAAUCCAGUAAACUGUGUAGUCAAGAUGAAGUGACCGUGUUAGAUACUGUGGAGGAGCUGGCUCAGUGGAGUGUGACACCAGUAGAAACCUUCACUUUGCCAGCAAGUCCUCAGUCCUCUCCUUCAAAUCCCACUGAACUAGAGCAACCAGAGCUGGAGUCAAGAAAAUACAAACACACUUGCAGCCAGUGUGCUCGGACAUUCAUGUCACUGACAGGUUUGCGGUCACAUGAGCGCAGCCAUGCAGCCCUGGCGGCCAUCAAGAAACUUGACAAUCUGCCUCCCUCAGCAGUAAAGUCCAACGUUAACAAAUACGUCCUCUACAAACCUGGGACUUUAAGGCCUUUCCGAUGUAGUUGCUGUCCCUAUCGGACAACCUUGAUGGGUAUUUGGAGAAGUCAUUUUAUGAAAAACCAUCAAGAUGUCAUUAUGGAUCCUACUGAGAUUGACAUCCAACAUGAGGAGAGCACUCAGAGGACUGACAAGGAGCCUCCAAGUUUAUCAGAAGAAAAUAAAUAUUUGCCCGAACCUGCUGAAGAACAUGAAAUGAUCAAAAAAUCGCUGUACUUGGAGUCCCCAGAUGUGCAGCGGCAGUUGAACCAGUACAGCUUGAUGGCGCAAACUGGUUUCUCAUCUAAAACAAAUCUGCAAGAAACCAUGUUACCUGAGAGCAGUCUGCUUCACUGCGAGCUCUGCAAUUUCAGCACUGGACACCUGUCGAGUGUGCGACGACAUUACCUAAACCGCCACGGAAAGAAGAUCCUCAAGUGUAAAGACUGUGACUUUUUCACUGGUAUAAGGAAAACCUUGGAAGUGCACAUGGAGACUGGUCACUCUACCUGCCAGUCAGAACCCACUCAUCAGAAGGACCUCCGCUGCCCUUUCUGCCUCUACCAGACCAAGAACAAGAACAACAUGAUUGAUCACAUUAUCUUGCAUCGUGAGCAGCGUGUUGUGCCAAUAGAGGUGCGGCGCCCAAAGCUAUCACGAUACCUUAAAGGUAUCGUCUUCCGGUGUCACAAAUGUACUUUCACAAGUGGUAGCGCUGAAAACCUGCGUUUGCACAUGAUGAGGCAUGAUGACAUCAAACCCUACAAGUGUCGGCUGUGCUACUUCGACUGCACUCAGCUGAGCGACUUGGAGGCACACCUGAGUGAUAAGCAUCAGGUUAUAAGAAAUCAUGAGCUUGUGGGUCAUGUCAGCCUUGAUGAGCUAGAGGAAAGGAUUGGUACAGUGCCAGAAGAGGAAGAUGAAACAUUGUCUAACUUGGAGCACAACAACUGUGAGGAUGAAGAAACGGGGGAGUUUGUUACAGACUGUAAUGAAGUUCCACACGAGACACUAGCUAAGAGCCUGGCAGAAAGUGACAUCAAGGAGAAAAGUGAGCAGGACCCACAAGAACAAGCAGGAAUCGUUUCCUUACCUGACACUGCAAGAGGACAGGGGAUUAAAAAUAUAGUAGAACAAAAUGUUGGGAAAUGGGGCAAUGCUGAUAUCCAAUUUGUAGAUUGCAGUGUUCCAGAGGAAGAGAACCAUGCCCAACCUAAACCAAGAGGCCACGAGGACAGCAGUAUAAAGUUCACACAACAAAAAAAUGAGGGAGCAGCGGGGAGCUCAACAACCUAUUGUAAAGUAACUGAAACAGCACAGGUCCAAAAGCUACAUAGUAAGACAAUUCCACAAAGAACGCUGAACAAGGAGGCUAGGGUAGAAGGAGAUGUACUACCACAUACCCUAGUGUCAUAUGAGGAUGGCAGCAUCAAUAAGAUGCACAAGAAGGCUGAUCAGGGUGGAACAGUUAAGAUGGAGCAGGACACUGAGACCGAGAUUGAAGAUAAUAUUCAAAAUGCGAUCCAGUUGCUGGAUGAAAAGGGCAGCAUCACUUUGGUCCCCAAAAAUCAAGCUAAUAUGGAGGAAAUUUCAGUGUUUACAAAGAAAAAUUACAUGUUGGCCAAUAACAACAGGGCUCAUCAGGGCAGCCCAGGUGUCUCAUUUACAAACUGCAAAGAGGAAGAAGUGCUCAAUCAACAAAGCAGAGAGGAUGAAUCGGACCAUUUUGGAGAAAUGCCUGUGCUCAAGCAUCGUCUUAAAGAGGAAAUGUCUCCUCUUGGAUGUUGCAAGGAAGAAGAAGAAGAGACUGAUGAUCUUGUACAGGAGCAGGACACGGAAGAGGAGAUGAUCCCUGAAGAUGAGAAGCGUCAGGAGCCUGAGGAGGGACACAAUAUAAAGGAAGCUGACAGUCCACAUGUGCACAGAGACAGCCACAAGGAGUCUUCAGCCUCCACUCCAGCCAUAGAUACAUUCACAACCACAGAUGGAGCUGCUGAAGUCCUGAGCCCAUUGGCUGCAGAGAAGAAACUGUAUUCUUGCGAGUUUUGUGGAAGAACCCUAAUGAACAGCUGUGAACUGGAGCGUCAUGUUAUGCGACAUGGAAUAUAACAGUUUCUUUAUGUUUAUUUAUGGUGGACUGUAGAAGCAGCUUCCACUAUUGACCUUUUUUAUUAUUAUUAUUUUUGGAAGAUUCAAUUUCAUUUCCAUGAAUUCUCCUUAUGUACAGUGUACUUGUGAACCUGUUAAACCUGUGUUUUAUGAAAUUUUAAGCUGUUUUUAAUUGAACGUUAUCCAUAGAGUUAGAAAGAAUGCGAUUCAGUAAACAAAACUUGAGGACCAGGAUGGUGACUGUAUAUUUUGUGGCACGUUAUCAUUGAGCUCUAAUCUCUGUGGUGUUGUUGGGUUUUUUUUUUUUAUUUGUUUUGGCCAAUUUUUUUUAUUACUGUACUAUAUGCGAAGGGAGAUAAUACUGCAAAACAUGCAGGCCUUUACAGUGUGAGCUGUUAUGUACUGUAUAUUCCCUGCUCAUUACCGAGUGUACCCAUUUCAACUCCAGACUGUGGAGGAUGCUUGUGCUGCCUUCAGGUGCUGUUCAGUGUUUGAACCAAAUGUGUAUCUGAGGAAGCAGAGUUUGUUCAAGUACAGUAUUAACAGAAAGAAAGAAAGAAAGUGAUAAACUCAGUUACUUUUUACUUUUCAUUUAAAUAGACUUGUUUUUUCCUCACCUGAUGUCUUGCUGGUGAGACUUUCCACUGUUUUUUGAACACUGAACUGCAAAUAAACACGGUUUUAACACA